GUGUCUUUUGUGGACGCGAGUUUCGUUUGAAGUUUGAACGAUCGUAACCUAUCGUGCAGCUGAGUUACCGGGUUUCUAAGUCUACCGGAGUCAACGGCGGAGUUUUGCGGAUAAGGCGGAGAGAGUUUUCGAUGGGGAAUACGAAUUGUGUAUUGUUUGGGUGCGUGGGGCAAGCGAGUGUGGGGGUGGUGGAGAGAUGGGGAAGGUUUGAAAAAUUGGCUCCGCCUGGGCUCCAUUUUUUUAACCUUUUCGCCGGCGAGUGCCUCGCCGGUAUACUCUCUACCAAGAUUUCUUCCCUCGAUGUUCGGAUUGAGACCAAGACCAAGGACAAUGUCUUUGUGCAAUUGCUGUGUUCAAUUCAGUACCGAGUCAUCAAAGAAAAUGCUGACGAUGCAUUUUAUGAGUUGCAAAAUCCUCAAGAACAAAUUCAGGCUUAUGUGUUUGAUGUGGUUCGUGCCGUUGUCCCAAAAAUGAAUUUGGAUGAGCUCUUUGAACAAAAGGGUGAAGUUGCUAAAUCUGUAUCAGAGGAACUUGAGAAGGUGAUGGGAGAUUAUGGAUACAAUAUUGAGCACAUUCUAAUGGUCGAUAUAAUACCAGAUGCUUCUGUGCGCAGGGCAAUGAAUGAGAUUAAUGCAGCUCAAAGGCUUCAACUUGCAAGUGUAUACAAAGGCGAAGCGGAGAAGGUGCUCGUAGUCAAGAAGGCAGAAGCUGAAGCUGAAGCAAAAUACCUAGGUGGUGUCGGUGUGGCAAGGCAGAGACAAGCGAUCACAGAUGGUCUGAGAGAAAAUAUCUUGAACUUCUCUCAUAAGGUGGAAGGUACCUCAGCCAAAGAAGUCAUGGAUCUGAUCUUGAUCACUCAAUAUUUUGACACCAUCAAGGACCUUGGGCAUUCCUCAAAGAACACAACUGUAUUCAUACCACACGGUCCGGGCCACGUUAGAGAUAUCAGUGGCCAAAUACGCAACGGGAUGAUGGAGGCUGCCAGCGCCCAGGCAGGGCUCACAAAUGAUGAGGUGAACAUCAAUUUACUUCAGUGAUUCAUCAGGCACCAUGUAUACUUAUCUCUUCAUGUCAUCAACUUUUGUGAAGAGCGUGCAUAUCAAUAUAAAGGUUUGUAGAAUCAAUAUAUUUGUUUUUGUUUUGAUGUAUAGAGAGAGGGUUCGAGGGUUAAUGUUCAAUAAGCCGGAAAAAUGUUUCUUCUGAUGCAGUGGUUCGUAUUACCACUUGAUACUCCUAUCUACAAAUUUAAAUGUUCUGUAAUUACAUUGUCUCA